GUGUACAAGCGAGAAAACUCCUCUCCAUCAUCAACCUUAGCUUGCGCCAAACACACAAAAACACCUACCUACUAUAGCAUUUCUUACUUGAGCGUGUGGCUCGCCUCUUGCCUCGCCUCGCCUUGUUUCUAAUAAUACCACGUCUCCCUCCUUAUAUUACCCUCUUCCCGCAUCCACGCGAAAAAUUGGGUUCUUCCUUUCUCGCUCUCGAAGCACCAAUUCUACCACAACAAGAAGAACCCUGCUCAGCUCAGCUCUUUCCAAGAACACAGAUGCAUUUGUACCAAUAAUAAUAAAGGUGAAAUAAAGCCCCCUACAAAUGGAGACGACGACGAAGCAGCUCCGGUGGAGCCGGCCCGGCUCCCUCCUCCUCGUCGCCGCCGCGUUCCUGGCUUCCGCCGCCCUGUCCACCGCCAACAUCGCCGACUUCGACGAGCACUGGCAGAAGCGCAAGGAGCUCGCCGAGGCCUCGGUGAGGGAGACGUACAGGCCCGACCCCUACAACGUUACCAACAGCUUCAACGUCGCCGUGCACAGAGCAACCAGCCUCCGGCGUACGAUGCGGGAGAUGCCACGGAAGCACAAGAAGAAAGGGCCGUGCCGUGCGACGAACCCGAUCGACAAGUGCUGGCGCUGCAAGAACGACUGGGCGACGGACCGUUUCCGUCUGGCCCGGUGCGCCAGGGGUUUCGGGCAGGCGACCACCGGCGGCCUCGGCGGUCCGAUCUACAUCGUGACGGAUCCCAGCGACGGCGACGUGGUGAACCCUCGGCCGGGGACGCUCCGGUGGGGCGUGAUCCAGCCAGGCCCGCUGUGGAUCAUCUUCGCCAAGUCGAUGAUCAUCCAGCUCUCGCAGGAGCUGCUGGUGAGCAGCGACAAGACCAUCGACGGGCGCGGCGCGCAGGUGCACAUCGCCAACGGCGCCGGCAUCACGGUGCAGCUGGCCCGGAACGUGAUCAUCCACAACCUGCACGUCCACGACGUGCUGCACUCCAUGGGGGGCCUGAUGCGCGACUCGCCGACGCACGUCGGGUCCCGGACCAAGGCCGACGGCGACGGCAUCUCGCUGUUCCAGGCCACCAACGUGUGGAUCGACCACAUCUCCAUGUCCAACUGCGAGGACGGGCUCAUCGACGUGGUGCAGAGCUCCACGGGGAUCACCAUCUCCAACUGCCACUUCACCAACCACAACGACGUGAUGCUGUUCGGCGCCAGCGACUCGUACCCGCAGGACCAGAUGAUGCAGAUCACCGUCGCCUUCAACCACUUCGGCAGGGGGCUCGUGCAGAGGAUGCCCAGGUGCCGAUGGGGAUUCUUCCACGUCGUCAACAACGACUACACGCACUGGCUCAUGUACGCCAUUGGCGGCGGCAAAGCUCCCACCAUCAUCAGCCAGGGAAACCGAUACAUUGCACCACCAAACAUCGCCGCCAAAGUGAUCACCAAGCACUACGCGGAAGAGGGGGAGUGGAAGAACUGGGUGUGGCACACGGAGGACGACCUGUUCAUGAACGGAGCCAUCUUCGAGCCGUCGGGAGGGGCGGUGCAGAGGCAGAUCAACAGCAACGAGUGGGUGAAGCCCAAGCCAGGGACGUACGUGACAAGGCUCACGCGCUUCUCGGGCACAUUGUCCUGCUGCAUGAGCAAGCCGUGCUGAUAGCUCGGCGUCGUCAGGCUCAUAGCUUGAGGCGCAAGCAGCUGCCGCCAUGGCCGACAAUGCCGCGCCGGUCUGUGUUUCUUGCAACCAAAAAGGGUAUAAACCCUCAAUGGGAGGAAGCAAAGGACAUCCACCUAGGAUGGAGGGUAGCCAGCAGGUCGUCGUUUUGCUAAUCUAUGUUUGCCUUGCAAGUUUUUGUUUCGUGGAAUUGUUACAGUUUACAGUUUGGUCAUUUCCCAGAGGAACUAGGGAUUCCGUUUAUCCCACAGCUGUAUUAUCUGUAUACAUAUACAGGUUGUAUAACAGGAACCACCUCUGUCUGCGAUUGGUUGAAAAAGACAUAAUAAUAUUAAUAUAAUAUUGUAUUGUUUUGCAA